AUGAGUGCGGAAUCUUCUAACAUUGACAUUGAAUUUCGAUUUAUAUGUGAUGAAGAGCUCCGAAAUGAUGAAGUUCCUCUCGUUGACGGGUUAAUAAUUCGAAUUCCGGAUAGGAAGCUGACUUCUAAGGUUCUCAACGCUCUUCCUGCUAUGAAGGAAGACGUUUUGCAUCUGAAACGGGUGAAGAAUGAUACAAUUUUGGUCGGAGUUUAUAGUGAAAAGUUGGAGAAGGAGGCAAGGUAGGGUUUUGAUGUUUUUUGUUGAAUUUUAGACGAAAGAUGAUGAGAAGUUGGCAACAAUAGUAAGAGGAAGGCCCGAGGGUACUCAGGGCACUUUUAGUUUACGGCCAGGAUUAUUUUUUAUCUCAAAAUUACCUGAUUUCUUUUUGCGGUGUACUCUAAGAUAAGAUGGAGGAAAAAUCAAAUUUUGUGCCAAUCCUUGACCAGAUUUUGAUGUGGGCUGAAAAAAGCAAAGAUUUUUGCCGCUUUUGACACUAAUUUUUUCCGUCGGAGGUUUAUUUGUGCAUUGGCUGACAUUGAUUUACAUCACCAACCUAGUGUAAUAUAAAAGGGAGACAUAUGAUUUAGCAAACCUUUUCCAUGGUUUUUUUAUUCUUUUUAGAGACUGUAUUGCCCAAUUUCCCGGUGAAUUCGUCUUUCUUUCACUUCCCAUUCCAUCCCGUUCACCUACUACAAGGUCCCAAUUUGAAUCCUACAAAGUCUACUGGCCUGUUCAUUAUCGCGAAGACCUUGUGUUGGAAUCUAAGCUGGAUGACACAUAUUUUAAGGCGAAAAUACGAGAGGACCUCGUCAGUUUAUUGGAUGAGGCAUCAACUUCUGACGGAUGUGUUAUAGCUGACUCUAGCGGGCUAAAAGUGCUGGCAAGGGCAUCUGAAGCGGAGGAAAAAGGGUUGAAUCCUCUAAGACAUCCAUUCAUGAGGGCGUUGGAGAAAUUUUGCCAAGUUCAGAGGGCAAAACGGAAACGGUCGAUGAGCGGUGACGAAUAUCUUUGUAAUAGUAAGUUUGAUGUAAUUUUAGAGCAAAAUCGAUAGGAUUUGGAUAGUAAUAGAUAAAAUAAGAAGCUAAGUUUCUUAUGGCUAGUCUGUUUUUGCAAGAUUGAUCGAUUUUUAAUGGAAAUUUUGCAAUUUAAUUUUUCUUACAUCUAAAGUAAUAUAAGGUCAAAAGUUAGUCUGAAAAUGGAUUUUUGAAGUGUUAUUGGCUCUAAAAUACUCUGAUAUGCAAUUAAAAAUCUCGUAGUUUACCCAGAAUUUUCAUUUUCCAAAAAAAUCGACCUUAUUUUAGAUUGCUAUGUGAUAAUUGAAAAUGAGCCAUGUGCAAUGUGUGCCAUGGCCUUGGUCCAUAGUCGGACCUCCGCGGUGAUCUUCAAGAACCCCUCGAGCAAUGGGGCGUUCAUCACGAACUGCCAACUGCAUCUGAACAAGAAAUUGAACCAUCAUUAUGAUGUGUAUCAGGUGGUAAAAAAGUAA